CCUGCAUAUGCAUAUAGCACAUACUAGUAUGCAGCCUUGAAGUAUGAAAUAUGGAGUACAUGUGAUAAUAUUAUAUUAAUAAUUCAAUACAUUGAUCACCUUUACUUCUACAACAUACGUACAUAUACAAGAUGAAUCGCAUAAAAGCAGCCAAGCGGAAAGCACCGCCCUCUACCCUCCAGCGGCGUGUGCGAGCGAGGAAGGAUGAGCCUGAAGAUAUACCCAGUGACCAAUUUCCAGAGGAAAGCAACGACGAAGGCGAAGAAGACGACGACGACGAAGAUGAAGAUGAAAGCGAAGACGAUGAUGACGAGUCCAACGCCUCCUCCUCUUCCUCAUCCUCAUCCUCAGACGAAGACACACCAGACCCCUCGAAAGUCGUAUCCCAAAUCUCCUUUGGCGCCCUAGCCAAAGCCCAGGCCUCUCUACCCAACCUACGAAGAGGAAAGGGAGGACGAAAAGGACAAGAAGAAGACGAGAGCGAAGACGAAAACGCCGACGACAAAAACCCAGCAUCCGAUAACUUCAAAGCCAAAUCCGCCAAACUCCCGAAGCUAUCCCGAUCCAGCAAGCACGCCCCCGCCGAGCAGACCAGCAAACGCCAGGUGAGCCGGAGGCGGGAGGUCAUCCUGACGCACAAGCCCGCGGCGCGGGACCCACGAUUCUCCGCCGCCGUGUCCUCGCGGCCCGUCGACGAGGAGAAGAUGCGCAAGGCCUACGGGUUCCUCGACACGUACCGGGAGUCCGAGAUGGCGCGGCUAAAAGAAGCUAUCAAGAAGACGCGGCGCAGCGACCCGGCCGCGCAGGAGGAACUAAAGCGCGCGCUGGCGUCCAUGCAAGGGAAGAAGAAGUCGCAGGAGCAGCACGACCGCGAGCGCGAGCUCGUCGAGAGCCAUCGACGCCAGGAGAAGGAGCUCGUCAAGCAGGGCAAGAAGCCGUUCUACCUCAAGAAGAGCGAGCAGAAGAAGCAGCUCCUGCUCGACCGCUUCGCCGACCUCAAGGGCAAGCAGGUCGACCGCGUCAUCGAGCGCAGGAGGAAGAAGCUCACGGCGAGGGAUAGGAAGGAUAUGCCGAUUGCGAGACGGGGUGCGGAAUGAGUUACGCUACAUGAAUAAUUGCACGCGGGGCCGAUCUUUGUGAUGAAGAAAAGGAGUUGGUUGGCUUAUAUAGCAUGGCACAGGAAGUGCUCGCUGGUGGCUUCUAUCCAUUAGAGUACGUAGGCAUAAGAACAUGAUACCAUUCAAGUUCUCUGCCUUUCUGUCUAUAUGUAUAUACCCUGGGUAGGUACCUAGGCAUGCAUGUAU